CCCCGCCAGUAGCGCGCAGCAUGCCCACCGACUUUCAGUUCUAUGUGACGCACUUGAGCGACUACUUCAGCAUGGAGACCGACGAGGGCGAGUCCUCGAGCAGCGGCCCCAUUUCCACCCUGAACAGUCUGUUCUCGUUCACGAGUCCGGCGGUGAAAAAGCUGCUGGGCUGGAAGCAGGGCGACGAGGAGGAGAAAUGGGCGGAAAAGGCGGUUGACAGUCUGGUGAAGAAGCUGAAGAAGCGCAAGGGCGCCAUUGAGGAGCUGGAGCGGGCGCUCAGCUGCCCGGGGCAGCCCAGCAAGUGCGUCACGAUCCCGCGUAGCCUGGACGGGCGCCUACAGAUCUCCCACCGGAAGGGGCUUCCGCAUGUGAUAUACUGCCGRGUGUGGCGAUGGCCGGACCUCCAAACGCACCACGAGCUCAAGCCGCUCGAGCACUGCCAGUUCGCGUUCACCUCCAAGCAGAAGGAGGUGUGCAUCAACCCCUACCACUACAAGCGGGUGGAGAGCCCGGUGCUGCCCCCCGUGCUGGUGCCGCGCCACAACGACUUCGUGCCCGGCCACUCGCUGCUGCCCUUCCAGCAGCUGGUCGAGCCCAACAUGCCGCACAACGUCAGCUACUCGGCGAGCGGCUUCAACGCCAACCACAUGAGCCCGGGCUCGCCCAUUUCGAGCGUGCCCAGCCCCGGCAGCGUGGCCUCGACCAAUCCGCAGUCGCCCUACGCCAACCUGGCGGAGACCCCGCCCCCGGCCUACACGCCCACCGACGAGAACGCCGCCCCCGCCAACAACAACGCCAGUCCGGAGCCGGCGCUCGCUCAGGACGUGCAUCCGGUGCCCUAUCAGGACCAGCCCUUCUGGGCCUCGAUCGCCUACUACGAGCUCAACAGUCGCGUCGGCGAGAUCUUCCACUGCAACUCCACCUCGGUGAUCGUGGACGGCUUCACCAAUCCGAGCAACAACAGCGAUCGCUUCUGUCUGGGGCAGCUGAGCAACGUCAACCGCAACAGCACCAUUGAGAACACCCGUCGCCACAUUGGAAAAGGAGUCCACCUGUACUACGUCAACGGCGAAGUUUACGCCGAAUGCCUGUCGGACUCGGCCAUCUUCGUGCAGUCGCGCAACUGCAACCACCACCACAACUUCCACCCCUCCACCGUCUGCAAGAUCCCAGCAGGCUGCUCGCUGCGCAUCUUCAACAACGCAGAGUUCGCGCAUCUGCUGUCACAAUGCGUCAAUCACGGCUUCGAGGCCGUCUACGAGCUGACCAAAAUGUGCACGAUCCGCAUGAGCUUCGUGAAGGGGUGGGGCGCUGAGUACCAUCGGCAAGACGUGACGAGCACGCCCUGCUGGAUCGAGAUCCACCUUAACGGCCCGCUGCAGUGGCUGGACAAGGUGCUGACCCAGAUGGGCGCCCCCCACAACGCCAUCAGCUCAGUGUCGUGAGCCGACGGCCCCCUUUCCAUUUCGACACGUUUUUCUAUCUAACUAAAUAUCCACUGUAUAUGACUAUUACAUAGGGCAGUUUUUAUAUUUACUUUGAGCAAUGUUUAGUUUCAUAGGGUAAGUUAGCUGUAGCGGACACGAUCCACGAUCUCUAAUGAACAAGCGUGUGAAUGAUGAUGAUGA